GAAAAACCCUCACCCUUGCUUGUUGAACCCAAGAGGCUUGCAGGUUGCAGCGAACACACGCAGCACGGAAAGGGGAAAAAAAAACCAAACCCUCUCGUCCUCCCCUUCCCCGCCCACCCCGGCCUCGCCGCCCCCUUCCCGUCGUUCACCGGCGGCGAAUUCAAGCUGACGAGCUCGCCACCGGGGGGGGGAUUUAGGAUUGGUUCGAUCUUGGCCGGCCAAGAAGUACAAGUUUCUUCGGGGGAUUAGCUUGUUCGCGAGGGGGAGGAGUUCGGUGGUGGAGCCUUCGCCUUCGUGAUGGCGGACACCAAGGCGGAGGCAAAGGCGGAAACUAUCGGCGGCGGCGGCGGCGGCUCUGGCUCGUUCAGCGAGCAGGCGUUUGUUGAGAAGCUUAACAAGCUCAACAACACGGCGACUAGGAUCCAGACACUUUCAAAUUGGUGCAUUUUUCACCGAAAGAGAGCCAGAAAGGUUGUUGAUACAUGGGAGAAGCAGUAUAACAGUGCAAAUAAGGAUAAGAAAGUAUCAUUCCUGUACCUGUCAAAUGAUAUCCUGCAAAAUAGUAAACGCAAGGGAGGGGAGUUUGUGAAUGAAUUUUGGAGGGUUCUUCCUGGAUUAUUGAAAGACUUUUAUGUCAAUGGGGGAGAAGAUGGAAAGAAAGUAGUUGGAAGAUUAAUAGAUAUUUGGGAUGAGCGGAAGGUCUUUGGAACCCGUAUUGAAAGUCUGAAAAAUGACAUUCUUGGUGGUAGCACUCAUACAAUGGGUAACAAUGUCAAUAGCUCAAAUCCAAGCCCUAACCCCUCUUCAGUUUCCAAAGCUGCGCGGAAAGAUUCUGGUACAGUAACAAGAAAACUUACUGUUGGCGGGAUGCCAGAAAAGAUUGUAACAGCAUAUCAGUCAGUGCUUGAUCAACAUUUUGAUGAAGACACAGCUUUAAACAAAUGCAAUAAUGCUGUUAGUGUUUUGGAUAGGAUGGAUAAAGAUGUAGAUGAUGCUUGUACUCAAGGUAUUCAGCAAGGAUCAUCGUUGAUUUCUGACCUUCAAGGGCAGGAAACAGUCCUUAAGCAGUGCAUUGAGCAACUUGAAAGUGUCAACAUGGCUAGAAUAACCCUAAUCAAUAAACUAAGAAAAGCCCUCGGCGAACAGGAAGCAAAGUCAGAGCUUCUUCGCAAUCAGUUGCUUGUGGCUCGAGCAAAGGCUGAACAUGCCAUGCAACUAAAACAACGACUUGGUAGUGCCUUGAACAAUGGUGCAGGAUCUAGUUCUAGUCCACUGAUGGUUACACUUCCACCAGGACAAACAGCUGCCAUGAUGCAGAAUUCAGCAGCAAUGCCGAUAUUUCCCCAGUUUCAACCACUGCAUCCAGCAACCUCACUUCCUGCCACAUCCAGUGCUGUUGGUGAUGAGCCCAAAAAAACUGCAGCAGCUAUGGCAGAUAAGCUUGCAUCUUUGUCAGCUCCUGAGAAGGUGCUCUCCUCCAUUUUCUCUUCCCUUGCUGCUGAACAAGCAAGGAAUAGUGGUUCGACUUCUGGAGAUCUUUCUGCAGGACCUCCAGGCUUUGAGAGCAAUAAGAAGCCUAGGCUUGACAACCCCAUUCAUGCUAGUGACAUGAGUGCUCCCCCAUUCUUUGGGCAACUGCCGCAGGUGCAACCACAGAUUGGAGCAACAGCUGCUCUUGGAGGCACACAGCCACCAACCCAAGCAAACCAAGCAGCUGGUUCAUUUCCACCACCUCCACCUCCAUUACCACUUAUGCCACAAUUUGUUCAAAAUACUGGAGGAAUGUUUGGAAUGGGACCUUUUGGGAUGGUGAGUGGCUCUGCGCCACCUCCACCCCCAUUGCCCAACAUUAUGUCAGCAGGUUUUCCAAGACUAAGUGUGCCUCCACCUCUGCCUCUGCCUACACAAUCUCAGAACCAGAGCCAGCCCCAGCAGCAGCAGUCUCCACAGGCACCACAGCAAUCGCCGACCUCGACUGGAUUUUUUCAACCACCAGGUGCUGGGUUCUUCCCACCAGUGCAGGUUCAGCAAUCUCCAUCUGCCCAACGGCAAUGAUGAUUCUACAACAAUUGUUGGGCUAUAAAGGAAGCACCUUGUGCUAACUUUGUAUAUUAAACAAUAAUCCCUGAGGAUUGAUCUGAUAGUUGGCGAGUCCUGCAUCGUGAAGCAGGAUUAAUGCUUAUGAAUUGGGAGGAUUUGUAGGAUAGGCUUGCGGCUUAUGUGAUGUACAACUGUUCCUUUUGGUCUGAGGAGUUUGUUCAACUCUUCUUGAUUAUGUGAAGUUAGUUAGACUUUACUUUUGUUUGCAUAGCCAGAUCUUAUUGUUAGUCCUGAGGCAAACAAAUGUCGGCAUUACAUUUGUUACUUAAAGAGGUGCCCAAGUGAAAGAACUUUUUUGGGCUCCUCAAUGGUAGAACUUACCUGUGGCUCUGUUAGUUUGCUAGAGAAGCCAUAUAUCCAUAGAUCCUUACUUGAAGUUGUGAACUGCAAAUAUUUGUCAUAUUCAAGUUUAUUUGUUUACUUAAUUUUUUA